AUGGAGAAAGCAGAGACGACAAAGAAAGCAGAGGCGACAAAGAAAGCAGAGGCGACAAAAGAAAGCAGAGGCGACAAAAGAAAGCAGAGGCGACAAAAGAAACCAAAGGACACAAAGAAAGCAGAGGCGACAAAAGAAAGCAGAGGCGACAAAAGAAAGCAGAGGCGACAAAAGAAACCAAAGGACACAAAGAAAGCAGAGGCGACAAAAGAAAGCAGAGGCGACAAAAGAAAGCAGAGGCGACAAAAGAAACCAAAGGACACAAAGAAAGCAGAGGCGACAAAAGAAAGCAGAGGCGACAAAAGAAAGCAGAGGCGACAAAAGAAACCAAAGGACACAAAGAAAGCAGAGGCGACAAAAGAAAGCAGAGGCGACAAAAGAAAGCAGAGGCGACAAAAGAAAGCAGGCGACAAAAGAAAGCAGAAACGACAAAGAAAGCAGAGGCGAUAA